GCCGGCUAUGGGAAACUAUUUUUAGUGCGAGCCUUUUGCUCCCUCCUUCAUCGACGGCCAUGUCAACCCCCAAGUUGUCUCUCAAGCAACGCAUUCAGAGCGUCUCCCUAAUCUUUGCUUGCGGUACUGCUUUGUUCUCAGAUGGUUACGCGAACGGUGUUCUCGGUACCGUGAAUACCCUCUUGAAUCGGAUAUACGGCGCCGACGCGAUAAACAAACACAACUAUAUCACGAUUGUUAACAGUCUGGUAUUUGCUGGUGCCGUUGUCGGUAUGCUCACUUUCGGGUGGAUUUCUGACAAAGUCGGUCGCAAGUUUGGAAUGAUGACUGCCACCGGCAUCGUUGCUUUCUUUUCUGCCCUUGCUGCUGCUUCCACCGGUGCCAAUCACAGUCUUGGUGGAAUGCUUGCCAUGUUGAGUGCAUGCCGUUUCCUCGUUGGCAUUGGCGUAGGCGCAGAAUACCCCUGCGGUUCCGUCUCUGCAUCUGAACAAACCGAACAAGAGGGGAUAAACAAGAACGCCCAACAUAGAUGGUUUGCUCUCGCCACCAACACCAUGAUUGAUGUUGGCUUCGUUAUUGCGGCUUUUGUGCCCUUGGUCCUCUUCUGGAUCUUCGGUGACAAUCACCUGCGAGCGGUUUGGCGGCUUUCCAUCGGUUUAGGUGCUGUUCCAGCUCUUCUUGUCUUGAUUUGGCGAAUCGGGAUGGAGGAGCCAGAGCGCUACAAGCGCGACUCCAUGAAACACGCGAAGAUUCCUUACGGGUUGGUUCUCAAGCGUUAUGGUGUUAGUUUGGCAGCAAUCUCGUUCACCUGGUUCUUGUAUGAUUUCAUUGUCUAUCCUUUCGGUCUGUACUCGAGUACCAUCUUGAACAAUGUCACUGGAGGUUCCGAUUCACUGGUUGUCGUUUUUGGAUGGAACGUCGUACUCAAUCUAUUCUAUAUUCCGGGUACCGUGAUUGGCGCUUUCAUUAUUGACUAUCUUGGCCCCAAAUACACGAUGAUUGCCGGAUUACUUGCUCAGGCUGUCAUUGGAUUCAUAAUGAGUGGGCUAUAUACCAGGCUUAGUGGACACAUCGCCGCCUUUGCUGUGGUUUAUGGGAUAUUCCUAUCUCUAGGGGAAUUGGGCCCGGGGAAUAAUCUAGGGCUGCUUGCUAGCAAGAGUAGUCCGACUGCUGUUCGAGGGCAGUUUUAUGGUGUUGCAGCCGCGAUUGGAAAAAUAGGCGCAUUCGUUGGAACUUGGGCGUUCCCACCAAUGGUAAACGCAUUUGGAGGACCUAAAUCUGACCGAGGAAAUACCGGUCCUUUCUGGAUUGGUAGUGGCCUGGCCAUUCUAAGUGCUCUCGUAACAUUUUUCUUCAUACGACCCUUGGACCACGAUGGAAUGAUGAAAGAAGACGCUUUGUUCCGUGAAUACCUUGAACAACAUGGUUAUGAUACCGCGCAGAUGGGAUUGGGAAGCAGCGAUAGCAUUGCUGAAUUGAGUUCGAAGUCAGAUCACGAUGAAAAAGUUCCUGUUUGAUAAAGAUGCACGAUAUGUAACUGACUUUUUAUGAUCAUCCCAUACGACUUUACAAUGCAAACUCUGAAGUAUCCAGCAAUUUAGCAGCCG